GUUUAAUCCAAUUGAAUACAUCAACUGGUUUCAAUCCUUUCCAUUUGCCGCUCUUUGCAAAAAACUCAUUAAUAAGAGUGCUGUCUCUGAGCUUACAGUACUUGAAAUUUCCAUCCAAUUUCAGCAAGUCCAUCAACUUGAGAUUCGUUUGUUCUAAGCGCUGAUUAUAAGAAGGCAAAUUAGUAUAGUUAUAGAAAACUCACAUCAACAUUAUGGGUGCUAAAGUCAAUGGAGUUGAACCUGUUGAGGUAUCGGAUCCUAAAGAGCUCUUUGGAUCAACAAGACCAGUCAAGCCAUCCAAAGAGUUGAUCAAAUCUGUUAUCGAUCCAAGAAUCGAGGCAUCAAAUAAAUCAAGAGAUGAAGAUAAGAGUCUUAGAGGAAGAUUGGUGUUUUAUUUUUUUCACUUUAUCCUAUUAACAAUUUAUGGGUUUUAUUCAAUCUUUAGAUCUAUCCAAUAUGUGAACAAUAGAAUCAGAAUAAAAUUUUUGAAUUUGGCUUAUAAUCCAUCCAAAACUCCACAAAUUAUUAGAGAUGAUGUCCUCAAGUUGGCAAAGUUACCAAAAAGAAUCAGUGCUAUUUUGAAUUUGAAAUCUGAAGAGGAAGAAGGUGGUGGGUUUUAUGGUUUAUUAAAUGAUUCUGCUGAAUUGACAACUUGGACUCUAGCUUCUGGUAUUUCACAAUUAUCAAUUUAUGAAUAUGAGGGAACUUUGAAGAACAACGUCGAGGAGCUAAGAAUAGCAAUCUUUAAAAAGUUGAGAGAUUAUUUUGGGCCAACUUCAAUUCCAAAAUUUGUGAUCAAAAUUCCACAUUUGAAUAUCAAGUAUUAUGGGGUUAAUCAUGAUGAUGAUUUAGAUUAUCAAAACGGUGAUAUUGAUAUUGAGGUUAGUUUAUUGUCAAUUGAAGAUGGUAAGGCAACAAUUGUUGAAUUGACUAAAACAAUGGCCGAUUUGGCUAGUAAAAAGGAAAUCUCAUCUAAAGAUAUUACAAUUAGUUUAAUUGAUGGUGAGUUGACUGAAUUGGUUGGUCUUGAACCAGAUUUGAUCAUUUUGUUCACUCCAACAUUAGACUUACAAGGUUAUCCACCAUGGCACAUCAGAUUGAGUGAAUUUUAUUGGGAAACUGAUAAUGAAGAUGUCACAUAUGCCAUCUUCUUGAGAGCAUUACAAAAGUAUUCAACAUGUAAGAUCAAUGUUGGAAAAUGAUUUGUUUUUAAAUUUAUUUAUUGGGAAAGUUUUAUUAGAGUUUUACACAAAUAAUUAAAAAAAGAAGAAGAAGAAGGAGAAGGGGAAGAAGAGAAUAAGUUCGGGAUUUUUUUGCUAUUUUAAUUUCAUCACAUUGUUGGUUUCAAGUUUGUUGACAUUUGCAUUGCUUAUACAUAGCUAUCUAAUUAAGGUACACGCGCAUAUUUCAUUUAUUAUAGAAGCACUUGUAUUGUAAAAUCGACUUUUCACCUCGCCUCUUCAAAUAAAUUCUAUGUUAAUUCAUAUUAUCAAAAUCGGUCACAUGACAUACGUUUACCCUGCUGAUUCUCUUUUCGCGAAAUCAAAAAAUUCCACCAGAAAUCAAAAAAUUAACACGUCCACCCCUUCGCCUGAAUUUCUGGAAAAUGAAAACUACUUUCACAACAAAUCUACCAAUCUGGUACACCAAGUUUCAUUGA